AUGGUCAAGCUCGAGGACGUGGCAGACACUCUGCUGUCACAGCCAUCUAACUCGGCACACACAGUCCAGACCCGACCAGCAUCAACUUACAAGCCACUCUCAACGUACAAACUCGACAAAGGUCGGUCAUACCAACAGCAGUAUGGCGACAUGUACUUUCUGCGCCUCACCAAAAUCCGACCCGCCGUCGAAGAAGUAGCAGAAGCCGAAUGGAGUGGGACGGUGGUCGCAGGCGAGGAGGCGAAGCGAGUCGAUCGUGUACUGGACGUGAAGCAGGGCGAGCUGUGCUGGGUCGUCGGGACAAUUUUCAUGGCCAUGCCACUCAAGCCCGAUAUCCUGGAAGAUGUGUCGAAAGACCGAUGGAUCUCGGCGCCCGUGGUCCCAGAGAAAUACUUUUCCAACCCAGAAGAGAACGAGAUCAUGCUGGAGGACGACUCGGGUCGGAUUCGAUUGGCUGGCGACCUUCUGAAGACGGUCGAUCUCGUGACGGGGUGUAUCAUUGCGGUUAUGGGCACGGAGAACACAAACGGCGACCUCGAGAUUGUCGAUAUCCAACUUCCAAACCUUCCGCCUCAGCCCGAGCGCUGGAAGCUCACAAAGCCGGUAAAGAAAGAUGAGGACGAGGAGAUGGCCGACUCGUCACAAGGCGCUGGCAGCAAAAUCGCCAUUGUCUCGGGGCUGUCAUUCUCCGCUUCUGACGCCUCGCACGGCCUUGAGCUCAACCUUUUGCUCGAGUAUCUGCUCGGCGAGGCCCUCGGUCCACAAGGGCAGUCCGAUGUCUCCCAGAUCAGCAGACUUAUCAUAGCGGGCGACUCCAUAGACGCCGCGCAAGCCGACGAGCAGCCGGAGAAGAAAGGAGCCAAGAAGUACGGUUACGACGCAAGCGCGUACAACGCCCUACCAUCACAACUCUUCGACGAGUUCCUCAGCGAGCUGUUGCCUACGAUCCCCGUCACCCUCAUGCCGGGCGCCCAGGAUCCUGCCAACGCCAGUUAUCCACAACAGCCCAUCCACGCAGCCAUGUUCCCCACGGCGAGAGCGUACGCCCAAGUCCCUGGGUCAAAGGAGCCUGGCUGGUUCGACACGACGACCAACCCAUGGGAGGCUGAAGUCGACGGCUGGCGGAUGCUGGGCACGGGUGGGCAGAAUGUAGACGACGUGUUCAAGUAUGUCGAGAGCGAUGACCGGCUGAGCAUGAUGGAGGCCAUGUGUCGUUGGCGCUGCGUUGCCCCCACAGCACCGGACACAUUGUGGAGCUACCCUUUUCAGGACGACGAUCCCUUUGUGAUCAAGACCUGUCCGCAUCUGUACUUUGUGGGCAACCAGCCUGAAUUCGGCACCCGCGUCAUUCAUGGACCUGACGACCAGUCUGUGCGGCUCAUCACAGUCCCCUCGUUUGCGCAGUCCAAGGAGAUUGUCAUUGUAGACACCGAGACAUUGGACGUGAGUACGGUUCAAAUAGUGGCACGGUGA